AUGGCUAGCAUUACGCAGGACCACAUUAAAGAUAUUAACGACAGUAAAGAUACAAGAGAUCUUGUUGCUUGUAUUCUCCGAAAGUGGAUUGCCUACAAGAAGACUCCACCAUGCGCUCCCUGGAGGAUUGACUUGCUUCUUGUAGAUGAGCAAGGUUAUAGGAUAGAAGGUUCUGUAACACAAAGAAGACUGUUUGACCGUUACAAAAAUGAACCCAAAGAGGGUGGAGUAUACCACUUUAAAAACUUUAAGGUUGUUGACAAUGGAGAUCAAUACAGAGUUACAGCACAUUCUUGGAGGCUUAAGUUUCAUAGUACUACAUACUUUGAAGAAUUAGAUUUGCUAAUUCUCAGUGAGGCAUACAACUUUGUUUCCAUAAAAGAUAUUGUUGAAUUCACCGCAAAGAAUGAGAGGCUGAUUGGUUAG